AAAAAGAUCGUUUCAUCGUCUUCUCUCUCACUCUCUCUCUCAGAGAAAAACUCUCAGAUCUGCACCAUUUCCCCCAACCCCCAACCCGAAUCUGAUUCCUCCCCCACAUCCUAAUCCUACGCCACCCUCCCUGCUUAUCCUGCGCACCCUCCCCCGCUCCUCCUUCCUCCGCCGCCGCCGCCGCCGCCGUCGUCGUCGUCCUCCUUCCGGCGAGCAGAGAUGGGAAAGGGCGGAUCCGGGUCGGGGUCGCUGAGCGAGGGCGUGGUGAAGAAGAUCCUGCUCUCCUACACCUACGUCGCCAUCUGGAUCUUCCUCUCCUUCACCGUGAUCGUGUACAACAAGUACAUCCUCGACCGGAAGCUCUACAACUGGCCCUUCCCCAUCUCCCUCACCAUGAUCCACAUGUCCUUCUGCGCCGCCCUCGCCUUCCUCCUCGUCAAGGUCCUCAAGCUGGUGGAGCCCGUCACCAUGUCCCGCGACCUCUACCUCUCCUCCGUCGUCCCCAUCGGCGCCCUCUACUCCGUCUCCCUCUGGCUCUCCAACUCCGCCUACAUCUACCUCUCCGUCUCCUUCAUCCAGAUGCUCAAGGCCCUCAUGCCCGUCGCCGUCUACUCCAUCGGCGUCCUCCUCAAGAAGGACGGCUUCAAGGCCGACACCAUGGUCAACAUGCUCUCCAUCUCCCUCGGCGUCGGCGUCGCCGCCUACGGCGAGGCCAAGUUCGACGCCUGGGGCGUCGUCCUCCAGCUCGGCGCCGUCGCCUUCGAGGCCACCCGCCUCGUCAUGAUCCAAAUCUUGCUCACCUCCAAGGGGAUCCAGCUCAACCCCAUCACCUCCCUCUACUACGUCGCCCCCUGCUGCCUCGCCUUCCUCUUCGUGCCCUGGAUCUUCGUCGAGUUCCCCGUCCUCAGGGAGACCUCCAGCUUCCACUUCGAUUUCGUCAUCUUCGGCACCAACUCCCUCUGCGCCUUCGCCCUGAAUCUCGCCGUGUUCUUGCUCGUCGGGAAGACCUCGGCAUUGACGAUGAAUGUGGCCGGGGUCGUCAAGGAUUGGCUGCUGAUCGCCUUCUCUUGGUCCGUCAUUAAGGACACCGUCACGCCGGUGAACCUGUUCGGUUACGGCCUGGCGUUCUUGGGCGUGGCGUAUUAUAACCACUCGAAACUGCAGGCUCUGAAGGCGAAGGAAGCGCAGAAGAAGGCCACGCAGGCGGAUGAGGAGGCGGGCAGGUUGCUGGAGCAGAGGGAUGGAGAUGGAAUGGGGGAGAAGAGAGACUCGCAAGCCUAAAUUUUUGAUCGGAUUUUAGGGAUAGAUGGAUAUUCGAGUUGAGUAUGGAAAUAAGUUAUCAGGGAGUCUUGGUGGAUACUAUAUUGGUUAGGAGGAAGGGCAAGUGGAUUGAGUGUCAUGAGUGUCAUGUCUCUCAAUUUCAAUUUGCACCAUUUGGUAUGUGGCAUUUAUGUUGUCCGCGUCAUCCGCUACUUAAUGAUGUCUUGCGCUUGUGGCAGGGUCGAGAUUCAUGUCCAUCGCUUUGGAUGCGACUACGAUGCUUUACUCGAGUUGAAGGAAUCUUGAUGGCCUGCUAUGUUUCCCAUGUUUCUCUUUUUGUUUAUCCUUAUUGUUCUUCACACUAGCAUUGUAGCGACUUUCAUUUAUUGGGUUUCGGUGCUUAUUGACUCUUAUGAAUUAUAUAUGUAUGCGAGUUUUUGUCUUGA